UAGGAAGAACCCUCAUAAACACAGCGUCAAGGCGUCCUACCCACAGCUACAACACUUCAAUACACCAGUUCUUACAACAGAAUCUUACCAGUCUCUCAAGAAGAAGUCUAUAAAGAAAGCCUAUUUCCACAAACCAAAGGACGACCUCUGAAAGAAUCUGCUUGAGUAAUAUUCAAGCAGUUUUCAGAACAAACCCAACAACCAAACCUCUCAACUUACACUUUAUUUCUUUUCUAUUAUUAUAUCUGAAAUGGCCGCCUGUGGCGCUUGUUGUUGUUAAAUGGCAAUAGUACUUAAUUAUUGUAUCGAUUCUACUGCCGUUCAUUAUUAUGGAAUAUACAAGAGUGAAUCUCUUACUUUGAAGAACUUUAAAGCAAACUUUAAAGACUAUUGGAAACUUGAUCCCAAGUUUGAAGAAUCAACGAAUUAGCAAAAACAACAGUGUCCAUUGAAAUAUUAGUAGACGAAUUAUCAAAUGCCAGCUCAAACAGAGACCAGUGUUUCGUGUGUUAAGGACAAUGUGUGGGUGUUUGGGUACGGGUCUCUCAUCUGGAAACCUAAUUUUAAAUAUGAGAAAGUGCUGCCUGGGAGUAUUGAGGGUGUGUCUAGGAAGUUCUGGCAGGGGAGCAGGGACCAUCGGGGUACAGAUGAGAAGCCUGGUAGAGUAGCCACCCUUGUUGAAGAUCCUCAGGGAAAAGUCUGUGGUCUAGGGUUUGAACUUAGUCCUGAAGAAGCUGAAGCAACCUUUAAUUAUCUUGAUGAUAGAGAAACUGGUUACAAGCUAAAGCAGGUUAUUUUCUACCCUUGUGAUCCAUCUCAGUCAAUACAAAAGGUGUUAGUGUACACAGCAACUGAGAGUAACCCUGACUUCCUGGGACCCUCUCCCCUCACUGAGAUGGCAGACUGUAUAGCUACCUGUGAGGGACACUCUGGUCCUAACUCAGAGUACUUGUUCAACCUAGCUCACAUGAUGAGACUACUCUUUCCUGCCUGUGUAGAUGAGGAGCUCUUUCUGCUGGAGGAGGAGGUUAAAAGGAUUAAAAACGGGUACAUCAAGAAAAAUGAGAAGCGUUAGGGGGGAGGUAUACUGUAAAAGUUUUACAAGAUUCUAGUUCAGGUUCGAUUGAAGUGAAGAUUAUGAAACAACGUGAUACGUUAUUCACAAAUAGGCAUUAUAAGGAAUGUUUUUUCAGUUUUGAUUGAAGUGAAGAUUAUGAAACAACGUGAUAAGUUAUUCACGAAUAGGCAUUAAAAAGUUAAAAGGAAUGUUUCAAUAAUUAAUGGUAAACUCGUUCUGAGCAGCAUUCCAAUUUGUUUAUACCGUACGGCAGAAAAGUUUGAUCGCGAUCAAAUUAAUUGAGCCGAAGAUUUAAGUACCAUGAUGUUUCGGACGUAUUGUUUAUUAAGGUUUUUUUCCAGAGUCGUGUUAUGAAUUUUCUAAAGUGAGCGAAAACUGCGAAAGUUCUUGACUUUUUGCAGCUUACACUAUAUAUUUCACUGUAAGUAAGAUAAAUUUCACCAAUGUCUACAUUGCUUGCCAUGUGACAUGCCAUGUGACAUGUAUCUGCAGUGUUGCAAUAUGAGAGUUACAGUAGACUUGUCUAAUGUCUACAAGUUAUUGAUAAGAUUGUAUUAGCCUUCAAAUAGAUUCAAAUUUACUAUAUAUUUGAUAUACUUUCGUUCUCCUGAUGUAAAAUUGUUCCUUAAUCAUUAAUAAACGAUCCAGCGAUCUUAAACUCUAUUAUUUGGUUAUGAGAUGUGAAAUGGACGGUACAUUCUUCUUGUACACUUAGAUCUAAACAUACCUUAAAACCGCUGAGUUUGGAUACUUGCCAAUAUUCUAAUUACUGUUGUUAUUUACCGUCCUAAUACGUUGGAUUACUUGUAAUCUUAACUAAAUUAUAACAUUCUAAAGGAGACAAGUUUCUAGUUAAAUUAUUACAGCACUCUUCUUUACAUGCAACACAUGAUGAAUUUCGAGCAUUCAACAUAUUGAUUUAUCCUUCUUAGUUUCAUUGGAAACAUCGUUGCUUGUAAAUAAGAACAACUGUUAUUUUAUUAAAUUUAAAAGCUAUAAAAAAAUUGUAAACGAGACGAAACGAAAGAGAAAAGUUAAAAAAUACAAAAUGGCGUUAAAAUGACCGUAAAUAUGUGUUUAUAACAACAGUUUUUGUUGUAAUCGACCUGUACUAUAUGAGAAUGGUGCAAUGUACAUCUAAUAUGUAUAUUGUAUACAGUAGAUAUACAUUGUGCAUUGUAAAUUUAUUGUAUAUCUAAAUUGCAUUGUAUAGUGUAUACAACGUAUAGUAUACCUAUAUUGUAUAGAUAUACAAUUGUACAUAUAUGCAAUACUAUAUUGUAUAGAUAUACAAUACUAUAUUGUAUGUCUAUAUUGUAUAAUGUAUAUCUAUAUUGUAUAGAUGUAUACAUUGUAUAAUGUACAGAUGCCUGUUAUUCAUAACAGAUGCCUAGUGUAACUACUCGCUAGAUGCCUGCUCACUCAGCAGAUGCCUGUAUCAGUGUACAGAUGUAUUUGUUUAUUUGUUUAUAUAACCUGGAUGAGUGUUCCCAGAUGCCUACGAGCAGGAAAUCGUAGAUGCCUGAUGUUAAGUUGCAGAUGCCUGAAAUAUUUGAGAUGUCUGAAAUAUUUCAGAUGCCUGCUAUAUUUAAAUUAUAUGCAGAUGCCGUAAGCCACAAAAAGAGGAUUUCAAUUAUAAAUAUCUUAUGGUUAUUAUUUUUAGUCAAUGGACACUGUUAUAUAUUACUAGUGAUUUAAA